AGGAGGUUACGGGUUCAAACCUUGGAGGAAACAACUUUCAAAGUGAAAAUAUAAAUUGAUGACAUGGCGUCAUGUGGUGUAAGGUGGGGCCCUAUGUGGAGGAUGACAUGGCACCACGUGGCGUAUGGUGAGAGCGACACAUAGAGAAUGACAUGGUGCCACGUGGCGUGAGGUGAGGGCGACACAUGGAGGAUGACAUGGCGACAUGUGGUGCGAGGUGGGGCCUUACAUGGAGGGUGACAUGGCACCACGUGGUGUGAGUUGGGGCACCACAUGGACGGUGACGUGGUGUCAUGUGUGGAUUACUUGCAUCAAAGAAAUUGAUGGAAACUACUACUACCAUUAGAACACAGUUACUCCAUGUUGGUCAUGUCAAGAAGAUGGAACUCGCAUAUUUCUCUUUAAAUUCAAAAUCAACAUUGUUCACUUUAUCAAUGGCAUCAAUUGUAUUGUGGGAAGAAUUGAUAGUCAGAAAAUGUGAUGGAUUGAAGCACUUGGUGACAAGUGACGGAGAUGAUUAUGAAGAUCAAAAGAAUUGUAGCUCCAUUUUCCCAAAUUUGAAGAAGCUAGAAAUCAGGGAGUGUGAUGACAUAGAAUUUUUAUUUCCAUCCACAAUAUCUUUAGAAAUUAAAAAGUUAAGGUCUUGGACUAUCAAAGAUGCUCCUAAACUAACAUAUAUUGUAGGGAAAAACCAACACAAGGAUAUUUUUGCCAAUCAAUAUCAACAAAAUGAGCUGCACCUUGAUCUCCUUGCUUUGCAGUGCCUUUGCUUUCAAGGUGUACCAAAUGUGGUAAGCAUUUGUGCCAUGAAUUUUGAUGUCCUGGUGCCACAAUCUCUUCAAACAAUUUCUUUGGCCGAUUGUGGCAUUGAAUCUUUUAAUGAGUGGAAGUUUCAUACAAGUGAAGAACUCUUGGAUUGGAAAAUCACCAAGCAGGAAACAAUUGCAUCCACAGACAGAGUCACCAGCUUACAAAUAGUCCAAAGCCCGCUGAUUCAAUCAUUGAAAAAUAUCAAGCAUAUGAAGCUCCAAAAUUGUUCAAAGCUUAUAUCAUUGUUCACUCUACCAACUGCCUCAACAGUUUUGUUGGAAAAUUUGACAAUCGAAAGUUGUCAUCAACUGAAGUGCAUUGUAGAAGAUGAAGACAAUGCUCAAGGUUCCAGGAAUUGCUCCUACAUUUUCCCAACAUUAAAGAACCUAGAAAUUGAGGAUUGUGAAGGGUUGGAAUUUUUAUUUCCAUCUUCAUCAUUUGUGCAACUUAAGAGUCUCAAGUCUUUAACUAUCAAGGGUGCUUCUGAGCUAAAAUAUGCCAUUGAAAAAUGCCAACAUGAGGAUCAUUUAUCCAAUCAAAAUCAACAUCAUGAGAUGCACUUUGAUCUGCCAGUUUUAGAGUUCCUUUCCUUUCAACACAUCCCAAAAAUGAGACUAAAUUUAUCGAUAGAUACAGUUCAUCUUCAAGCAACUCAAGGCCUCACAAUGCAAUCAUUGAUCAACAUCAAGAAGAUGGAACUUGUGAAUUGUGCCACCUUAAUAUCAUUGUUUGCCCUACAUGAUGCCUCAAUCCUUUCCUUGGAAGAACUAACAAUUGAAGGCUGUCAUCAACUAAAAUACAUUGUAGCAGAUGAGGGAGGUGCUACAACUCAUAUGAAUCACAAAUCCAUCUUUCCAAAGUUGAAACGUCUAGACAUUUCAUUUUGUAAUGCAAUGGAAUAUCUAUUUCCAGCAUCUACUUUCAGAUCCCCCAUGCAUUUGGAAUGUCUUUCAAUCUUCGGUGCUCAUGAGCUGGAAUAUGUGUUGGGAAGAAGCUCUCAUGAUUACAAUUUAUCUCAUCAGAAUGAGAAUAUGAAAACUUGCAUUGAUUUCCCUGCUUUAAAAGAACUAUGGAUAUAUUAUGUGCCAAAACUUGUCAGCUUGUGUCCUGAAAACUAUUGUUUGAAAGGGUUAUCUAUGAAGUUCAUUAAACUAGAUAUUGAUAUUUCUUCGAUGUUUAGCAUCAGAUCUUUUAAUGAUUUUAUGGUUUGUGAUCAUGCAACACAAGGAGACUCCAAAACCACAAAGGCAACUGAGAUGCGCUUGCAUAUUUUGGAAGAGCUUACAUUAAAAAAUUCCAAAAUAGAAGAGAUUUUCAACUUGAAAAAUCUAGAUGCAAAGAAAAAUGAGAAAAAGCUUGAACCAUUAACAUCAAGUUUAGAAUUAUUGUUGUUGGAAGAUCUAAGUGAGUUGAGGAAUAUAUGUGUGGGCCCAAAAUAUAUUAUGAGCCUCAACAAUCUCUCCAGCUUAGUUAUUAAAAGAUGCACAAAGCUUGAAGUUGUCUUCUCUGCCUCUACAUUGAGAACCCUACCACAGUUGAGGAGGCUAGAGAUAUCAGAAUGUGAAGAGUUAGUUGAGAUCAUUGAAGAUGAUAUUGAGGAAAGUGCUAGAGAUCAUUUGCCUCAUCAACCAUGCUUCCCAGUGUUAAAAUAUCUAAGUGUCGAGAGCUGUCACAAGUUGAAGUAUUUGUUCUCUAUCACAGUGUCUGGUGUCCUUCCACAACUAGAGAGAUUAUUUGUAAUAGAUGCCUCCGCCCUUGAGCAUGUGCUGAUUAGACCAAAUGAGUCGAAAGAAAUGACAGUGAAAGAUUUGCUUCCAAAGCUAAGAUAUGUAACAAUAGGAAGAAAUAUAAGCAUCAUCAAUAUCUGCCAUGGGAUUGAUUUUCAAAUAUUAGCAAAUGAUUCAAUUGUGCUUGGCUGUCCCAAAUUUUCUUUUCACGAAACUACGACUUCUAGUCAGCUUCAUCAUGAUGGCCAUGAGGAUAUGCUACGUUCGAAUGUCGAGGCCAAAACAGAGGAGAAGCUUUCUUCACAUCUAAACACAAAUCUGUUAGACAUGGAAGAUACUAAAGGGAGGCCAAGUUUUCAACAAUCCCGAAUUGGUUCACCCAACUUCAUAGGGGAUGGGUUGGGUGGCAGAGAAGUGCAGAACGAAAAAUUUAUGGAAGAUCUACGACAACCCACAAAUACAGAAAACUUAUCAAAGAUUGUUGAAGAAAGAGUUGAAGAUGGCACUUCAUUAGAGACCUUAUAUCGUCCAAGCUCAUCAACUUCUACAAAGAUUGUUGAAGAAAGAGAUGAAGAAGGUGCUUCACUAGAGACCUUACACCCAGCCUCCUUACCUCCUAAAAAUGUGUCUAUUCAUGCAAGUCCCAACAGAGACAAUGUCACUGUGGAGGAUUCAAAGUUGUCACUGUUACAAUUUUCUACACCAACAGAGACAAUGCCUUCUUUUCUAGAGACUAAUAAUCAGGCUUCAAUUGUCCCUGAGGUGCAAGAAAUAAUUGAUAUGAUGAAGUUGGAGGGUUUUGACCGUUCAAUAUUGGCGAAGGCACUUGAGACUCGUCCACAACUUCGACUCUCUUCAAAUGAUCGAAGCACUCGAGUGUUGUGCAUGUCCUACAGGAUAUUGCUUGAUAUCUUGAACAUUCUGACCACUAGGACUCCCUUUACAAUCACUGAAGCUGACAAGAGGUUGCUGGCUGAACAUUUAAAGGACGCUUAUUUUUUCGGUUUCGACAAGGAAUGGAUUGAGUCUAUAAAGACUAAGGUUAUAGAUUGUGAGAUAUCUGAAGGUGAUCGAAUCCAAGAAGUUCUAAAGGGUUUGGACAAUGAUUUGAUGACCAACGAGGUAAUGCUUGCAGCUAUUCAUGAUGAGGAGGUUGAGGCUGCACGAGUGGUACAAGUGGCUCAACAAGAACAUGUCAAUGUCAUGGCUCGUCAUGCUCAGCUUUUGAAGGCCCGUCAAGAUAUUCUAGCACGAAGGCAUCAAUUCCGAGAGAUAAUUGCUACUAAAAGUAGGCAUUUUGGAUUUUAGCAAGUAUUUUGUUUACUUUUUGUAUUGUCUUUUUUAUUUUCACAAGAGAGUUAUUAUUGCUAUACAUAGACUGUGCAACGUAAAAAUUAAAACCAAGGACAAUUCAGGUGUGUUUUUCCACCAUUGAGAAUGCUCUCAAUUCACGUACGUCUCUGAGGAGAGAUGUGAAGCAUUCAUAUCUUAUGUUGACAAUCAAAUAAAUAAAAGUGAGAUAAUAAUAUAAA